AUGGAGUGUGGACCCUGCAAGACGUUGGCUCCUAUCCUUGCAAACCUGGAGAAGAAGCACAAGCCAACCAUCUUUGCAAAGGUCGACGUCGACGAGGCUGGAGACAUCGCAGCAAAGUACGAGGUCAAGGCCAUGCCAACGAUUGUCAUGAUUGUCAAUAAAACAGAGGUUGGCAGAGUCGUGGGCGCUGAUGUGGCGCAGAUCCAGACAUUGAUCAAGAAGCAUGAGACCGGAGACGCAUUCUCUGGCACGGGCGCAGGACAGACUUUGGGCCGUGGAGCGAGCAGCACAACCACGACAGCGACAACAACUCAGCAAUCAAUUGACCUGUCCAAGAUUCUCGAGGGACCAGGUGGCAGCUGCCAGAUCCAGGUCCGAAUGCUGGACGGGUCUGUGAUUCGGGGCAACUUUGAACCAACGCAUACGGUGCGGCAGGUACAUGACUUUGUCAAGGCAAACCUUGACGCAUGUGGCGUUCUGGCCCCAGGAUUUGCUUUGAUGACACAGUUCCCGAGAGUGUAA